AUGAAAUUAAAUACAGGUUCAUCAACAACCUUUUUGGUACAGAUGUUGGCAGUAUUUAUUUUAUUGUUAGCAUGCCAAGAUAGUUUUGUUUUGGCACAAGCAAAAAAGAAUCCAAACAAUGGACAUUGGUAUUCAUUCUUUAGUGGUUCAUAUUCCACUUGGACUCUUGCUAUGACUGCUAUUAAUGGUCAACCAGCACAAGAAACAACCAAAAUGCCACAAUUAGCAACAAUUAAUUCAAAAGAAGAAUGGGAUUGGAUUGUUGCCAAUCUUGUAAUCAAUACAAACUUUUUUAUCUCUGGUAUAAAGGACGGUAGUGAUGGUAUUAACUUUAACAGUGGCCGUGAAUCAUCUACUCAAUACUAUGCAACUGGUAGUGGCCAAAGUAUAUCCUUUACCAACUGGGGUGUCAAUUCACCAUCGUUGGUUACGACCGAUGUGUACACCUUGGUUGCCGGCGCAACUAGACUAUGGCAAAACACUGCCUACAUCUCUGGGACAAAUACAUUCUUGAUCGAGUGGGUACCCCAAUCCGAGGUCUAUGUCAGACCAGCCAUCACAAAUGGAGAGACCUUUAACUUGGCCCCACCGCUUGGAACCUUCUUUACUGGUAGCACCAUGACCUACAAGUUUAUCGAUUCCUCUUCGGCUGCCGAGAUCUUUACUUGCAGUGGUGUACGUAUGUCCGCUGUAACCUGUGCCAUCCCAGCAGGUACCGGUGCCAUCACCUAUGACAUUAUCCAAACCGAUGGAACCAACACCAACACCAUCAAGUACUGGAGAUACCAAAUGCCACAAAUUGAUAUGGUGUACCCCGGCGCUUCAGGCACUGUCAUCACUCUGUCUGGUAAAAACUUUGGUACUGGAAGUGACGCCAGUCUACUCAAUAUCAAGGUUGCCGGUGCCGUUUGUACCAGUCCAUCCAUCAUUGUUCCACAUAUCGCUGCUGUUUGUACUGUCGCAAGUGACUUUACCAUCCCUGCUUCCAUCUCUCUUGGAACUGUUCCACCACUUAUUAGUACAAUGCAAACUGUUUAUGAUAAAAAUAGUUUAACAGCAUUUAGAGUUUCAACAACUCAUUCGGCAACUCAACAAGUUAAUUCAGCAACAACAACAAGAUGGUUAAAUUCAUAUCCAGUUGAAGGAGUUACAUUGAGAUACCUACCAAUCUUUACUAAUUUGGCCAGUUACAAUAACUUUAGAGCCGUUGUACCUAGUACCUCUGUAUCGACCAUGUGGAUCGCUUUAAAGUCUUCUUCUGCCACUCAAGUUGCCAUUGACAAUCAGGGUGGACCAAACAACGGUGCUCAAGUAUUUGUUUCCACUGGUACCACUUGCAGUGCCAUGAUCUAUUGUCCAGGUACCUUCCCAGCCUUUACUGCAAUGAACCAAUACUUUUACUUUGCCACUGUAAACAGUGCCUAUUUCAGAGAGACAUCCACCACUGCCCGUUCCGUCGUCGGUUCCUAUGGUGUCUUGCCAACCAUCUCUGAUACCACCGUUCGUUAUGUCAAUACUACUGGUGGUACUGUGACUCAGGUCGUUGCCACGACCGUCGGUUUCAUUUACACUCAGGUCAGUGCCACCAUCGAUGGUGUAGCCAUUACCGCCACCAAGUCUAGAGUUCCAUUGGCCGUGUAUCCAGUCAUCCCCGCUGGCACUGGUGUCAACAAAAAGAUGAAAUAUAUCUUUGAAGGAUCCAUUCAAUUGAAUGGUGGUGAUGUAUCUUACAACAGACCAUUCCUUGAUUUUAUCACUCCCUCUGUCAUCCCAACUGCCGGUGGUCGUGUAACUAUGAAUGGUUUCAACUUUGGUACUAAUACUGCCUUGGUCUCUGUUACUGUUGGUGGCACAGACUGUGGAAUCGUCAUGUGUGAUGCUCCUGCUGGAUCUGGUACCAACAAGAUUGUUCGUGUCACUGUCGACUCGCAACUCCAACCAAAUACCUUUACCGUCAAUUAUGCCGCUCCCAUCGUCACGACCACUUCCAACACCUUGAACAGUCUCACCGUGACAGGUGUCAAUUUCGGUACCGUACCAAGUGUUGUCGCUGUCAAACUACCCAACAUUGCCGGCAUUACCGCAACCUCAGUCACUGAAACAAGUAUCAUCGUGACAAUGCCCAAUGUUGGAGUACUCAAUGGAAACAUACAAGUGACAGUCAGCGGCCAAACAUCCACAGCCAUCCCAUACCAAUUGGUUCCACAAAUUGUUUCGCAAACAGUGAAACCCCCAACCACUGGUGGUAUGACCACUGUCAAGGGUCUCUAUUUGAACCAACUCAACUCUGCCGGUCAACCAACCGUAACCAAUUUAAUUGUAAACGGUGUCACAACACCAGUCAACGCUUACAGCGUUGAUUCUACCAACACCUACAUGAGCUUUAUGUUGCCAGCCGGCACAGGAGGCAGUAUUCUUUGUGUCUUCUUUAUUGACAGUCGUUCAACCAGCUUCACGGUGGCCUACCAAAGUCCAACUAUCACCUCGAUCACUCAAAAUGGUCAGUCAUUCACUGUUGUCGGUACUGGUUUCGGUACUGAUCCAACCAGAAUAGAGUUGUAUGCUCCAGCAUACGGCGGAGUAUCUGGUGCAGUCAUGACAGUUGCUCAAACCGAAUUUACUAUAAAUGUGCCAGCCGUUGCUCAAAAUGGAGGGUUCUUUGUCUCUAUCGACUCUGUCUUUUCGAAUCCUUACAAUGGUUUGACACUCACUCCCAUCCUUUACUCGGCCGACCGUCCACUUGCAGCUGGAGGAGCACUCAAGAUCUGGGGUUACUAUCUCCAAGGUUCAUCGCCAUCACCAACCAUCACGGUCAAUGGUCUCAAUUGUCCACUCACUGCUAUGGGUACUGAUGCACCCAAUGCCACCUUGACGUGUGCAGCUCCUGUUGGCGUUGGUGCUAUCACUAUUGUCGUUACCCUUGCAGGCAAGUCUGCUGUCAUUACCUCUUCCUAUGCCUCCCCAAUCAUCACCGGUGUGACCACCACUAAUACAUCGAUUAGUUUGGUCGGUAAAAACUUUGGUAAUGCAUUGGCCUAUAUCCUCAUCCCAGGUCUUCCAUUCCCAGGUACCUUUAUCACCAUCCCCAAGGUUCCAGCCAAUGAUCAGAGUGUCAUCUUUGAUUUGAAAGAACUUCCAUUGAACGGUCCUGUCACUUUGAGUGUUAGUGGUCAAGUGUCUAAUCCAUACAAAGCCGUAUACCGUCCCAACGUACUUUCCAUGACCGAAGUACCAACCGUCGGAGGUUCGAGUAUUACAAUCAUGGGUACUGCUCUGAAUACCAUUGACUCUACUGGAGCCGCUCUCACUACAUCGGUCACUAUCGAGGGUGUUGAUUGUCCCAUUACCGACACCUACUACAGCACUACCAAUACAUUCUACGUGUGUACAGCUCCAGCUGGAACUGGGUACAAAAUGGCCACCGUCUUUGUAGACGGUCAAACUGCUCAAUUCGACUACAAGUAUCAGUCUCCCAUCGUCACCUCGAUCGAACAAUCGAGUGAUGGAGAUUGCUUCUACAUUCGUGGAAGUAACUUUGGUCCAUCUUCCUCUCUUGCCUCAGUAUCUUUGGCUGGGGUUACCUAUAGUGCUCUUGCAACCAAUGAUACCACCAUUACCAUCACACAAGAUGCAGCCACUAAAAAUGGAGCUGUCUUUGUGACUGUCGAUACAUUGGUCUCUAAUACCAUCUAUCUCUCAUUGACUCCAUCCAUCGUGUCUGUCACCUCUGCCAGCACUCAAGGAGGAUCUGUUACUAUCACUGGAAAUUUUGUCCAAGGUGUACGUUCAAACGGUACAUCUGCCACCACACAAAUCUCUAUUGGCGGUAACCCAGCAGCCUUUGUCAACUCAUUUUACAAUGGUACCACUGUAUCCUAUAUGGUUGUCACUGCACCCAUCGGUGUUGGAAAGGACCUACCUAUCAAUGUAACCAUUGACAAUAUCUCAUCGGCAACUGUCAACUUGUUUGCCUAUAGCCCACCAACCGUCUCAUCCUAUUAUCAAGGUGCUGAUAACUGUGUAACUGUAUCUGGUAACAAUUUUGGUCCAGAUAUUGAAUCGAUUUCAUUCUUGGUCAAUGGUCAAUCUGAACCAGCCGUUGCUCUUGUCACUCCACAUAUCAAGGCAUCGUUCCUUGCCGUGCCAUCACUCAAGAAUGGUAUUGUCAGUAUUGUUGCAGGUGGUCAAGAAGCUAUCCAAAGUAUUCCACUCUUAAUGACACCAGUUAUUGCUUCCUACAUUGGUCUCUCCCUCACCGGUGGUAGUAUUACUAUCCUCGGACAAUACCUCAACAAUGUAGAUUAUCUCGGUGCUGCUCUCGACGUUGGUGUGACUAUUGGCAACUUGCCAUGUACCAAUCCAACUACAACCGGUACUACACUAACAUGUCUUGCUCCAGGUGGUCUUGGUGGUAAUGUAGACAUUGUCGUCACGAUCGCAACCAAGUCGGCUACCUCUGCUGCAACAUUCCCAGCACCCGUCAUCAACACAAUGUCACCAACUCAAAACUUGGCUGAUAAUAGUAUUACACUCGUCGGUUCAAACUUUGGACAAGAUUUUAAUCAAAUUUAUAUCAAUAUGCCAGGUUCUCAAACUGCACUAUCUCCAAACCAAUUUACCAAUGGCGAUACUCUUAUUGUCAAGAUUCCAAGUAAUGCCAAAUCUGGAGAUGUCUCGAUCACUGUCUUUGGUCUUGUUUCCAAUUCAAUGCCUUUGGUUAUUAGCCCUGUCAUCACUACUGUUGCUGAUCUCCAGUCUUUCCCAACCAGUGUUAUCAUGUCUGGACAGUUCUUCCUUACCACUCGUGCCAACGGUACCGACACUGACGUCGUCCUCACUUAUGACUCUCAAAUCAUUUCAUCUGACAAAUAUAAUGUUGGAUCCAACAUGGUGAUUGUUGAAAUGCCAGGAGGUACUGGUACCAACCACUCUUUUGUUUUGACUAUUGACGGUCAAUCCUCUACCUUUUACGUUGAUUAUCCAGUUCCAGAGUUGUAUGCUGCCGAACAAGAUAUCUCUUCCACCUUCCACUUUACUCGUUCUUUAGAGUUGACUGGAGCAUCUUUUGGUUUUGUCAAAUCUGAUGUUCAAGUCAUUCUCAAGAAUCAACCAUCCGUCGUCAUUCCAAUUGAUACAAUGAACAAUGAAACUAUCUUUGCCACACUUCCAUCGUUUGCUCUCAACGAUAUUGCCCUCGUCAACGUGUCUGGUCAGCUCUCUAAUCAAACCAUUUUCGAAUUUGGUCCAAUCCUCAGAUCGAUUACCUCUGCCGAUGCAGAAGGUGGUGAGAUCAAGAUUGGUGGUCACUAUUUAAAUACUGUCAAUGCAACUGGAUCAGCCAUCACUAUUACAGUCAUGUUCCCAGGUAACACCCCAUGUACCAAUGUCGUAAAGAUUGCCGAUGACCUCGAUAUGAGUUAUAUCACGUGUAUGGCUCCUCCAGGUACCGGUAUCACCAAUAACGUAAAGGUUACAGUCGGUGAUAUGUCUGAUAACAUCAACUUUGCCUAUGGUGCACCUGUCAUCUCAUCGGUUAUUGUCACUGAUUCCAAUACCGUUUCAAUUAUUGGAAAGAAUUUUGGUACUGUGCAAUCGGGUGUUUCAGUCUAUGUUGGUGCCAACACUCAGACAUUCACCUUUGUCAACAGUACAUUCCUCACAUUCAAUGCUGAUGAACAAAAUAAGAAUGGACCAAUCACUGUCAAGCUUAUUGAUGGUCGUAUUUCAAAUCCAGUCGAAAUGCAUUUGACACCUCUCAUUACAUCAGUCACCAAGCCAAUCAAAACAACAGGUGACCUAUUGACUAUUGUUGGUUCAUUUUUGAAUCCAACUAGAUUGGAUGGAUCAUCAACCAAUGUCACAGUAGUCAUUGUCGAUUUAAAUCAACAAUGUACCAAUGCUGUCGCUACUGGUUCAUCUAUUACUUUUUAUAUUGACCAAAAGGCAUCACCAUCAACAGUCCAAUUCUCAUAUAUUGCACCUUUAAUCAGCAGUGUUGUUCAACAAGGUAGUAGUGAUGAUCUCGUUACAAUCAACAAUCAAAUCAUUGCAACAACAUUGGUAAACCCAGCAACUUUGUUUGCUAAAUUGACAGGUCCAUCAAAGAAUGGAGAUAUUAUAGUCAAUGUUGACGGUCAAGAUAGUAAUACUCAACCACUCAGCAUCAAGGCAUCUGUCACCUCUAUCACAUCCACCUCACCAUAUGGAGGUGUUGUUGAAUUAGUUGGUAAAUACCUUUGGACUACAAGAUUGGUUUCAACUCCAACAACCAUCUCUAUUCAAAUUGGAGGAGUAGAAUGUACAUCACCAGUUGCCAAUGGAAGUGAUGGAACCAAGUUGAAAUGUACUCUUGGUGAUGCAAGUCAAUUUGAAUCUGAUAUUGAAUUAUCAAUUGAUUCUGUCGGUGCCAAUGCAAUUGCCACCUACACUAGCAAUCCACCAGUUCUCACAUCGAUUUCAUCUUCAUACUACCUCGUCUCAAGUGUCGUCACCAUCGUUGGUAAUGAAUUCUAUUCACCAUCUUCAGUUACCAUUGGAGGUAGUCAAUGUGGUGGUGUUGUAGUUGUCGAUGCACAACAUAUUACUUGUACAUUUGAUAGUAAAGUCGGUAACAAUGCAACUUCAACUUUGGAUGUCACUAUUGAAUCUGGUAAUUCAGAUGAAAUUACCUUUGCCGGAGUAUUCAAAUACACAUUGUUACAAUGUUUGAACUCAUGUUCAUCACAUGGAACCUGUGUCAGCUCUGGUCAAUGUCAAUGCAACAAUGGAUACAGUGGAGCUGAUUGUUCAAUCACAUACAGUCAAUCAUUGGUGUCGGGUGACUCUGGAUCAGUGUCAGGAGGUAAAUUCACAAUGUUUAACAACUCUAUGGAAUUCCUACUUUCACACAUUCAAGAAGUUCGUCAAGACAAUACUAUCGUUCAAACUAUUCCACUCACCAAAUGGGACGUAUAUGAUGAGUACGGUAAUACAACCGUUUACAACUCAACAUCAACCACUCACAACAUUGAACUCUAUGUCACCAAACAUUCAACAGCAUCUGUUCAAUCAUUCCUAGGUGAUGAUCUUGUCAUCCCAUCCAACUCUAUCAAACAUUUUAUGACUAUUGAUCGUUUUACAUUUGAAUCGAUCAACUCAUCACUUCGUAUCAUCUAUCAAUUCAAAUCACCAUCACAAAUUGAAUACAACUGCGACAAUGAAACCACCAAAUAUCAAUACGAUACAUCAUCAUCAACAACAACCAUCAAAUCAUAUACUAUCGACACACCAGUCGGUACAAUGAUGGCAUCAUUCAGCAACCGUGCCAAUAUUGAUGACACCAACGCAAUUGUAACAUCCAUUCAAGCAAUCACAUCAGUCGAUUCAACAACACAAUCAACAGCAGGCGUCCAAUACAUUGCCAUCCAAGUUCCAUCGUUUGGAGAUUUUGUUGAAAUCGAUCCAAUAUUCUCAGCCACUUCAAAGACUGCCCCAUCAACCGAUGCAUGUGUUAUUUCAUCUUCAUCCAUCACCACACCAAUCUUACUUCUAUCCAUUGUCGUUUCGAUUAUCUCACUUGUUUUUUAA